AUGACUCAGGAACCUCGAUUGCAAAUCUCAGCAAGUAUAGAUGGAAUGAAUUUACACAUCACAGAGAAAUCUAUUGUUCAACUUCUUAAUCAUGAUGGAGAUGGAAGAAAAUGUUGCAAUCUUAAUAAUGGAAGUAUUACUUUCUUAAACUUUAUUGACACUCAUCCUACUUCCAGUGAUUCUUCAUAUUGUGUUCAUGUUAUUUCAUCUGAUUCUGAAGAAGAACCUGAUUCAACCACUUCCUUACAGCAAACUUACCCUUCACCAGAACCAAAUUCAAAUGUUAUCAAUGUACCUUUCACCCAUGAUGUUGUUGAACUUACCUCUCCUCAGAAAACCAUUUCUCUUGAUAUUGUUGAAUAA